AUGGGACCCAUCGAGGCUCGCAUGUCAGAUUUCCUCAGUGAACACGGCGGCGUUGCGGUGGUCGACGGCGGCCUUGCGACGGAGUUGGAACGCCACGGCGCCGACCUCAACGACCCUCUAUGGAGUGCCAAAUGUCUACUCACUUCUCCUCAUCUCAUCCGUACCGUACACCUUGAUUAUCUUGAAGCUGGUGCGGAUAUAAUAAUCACAGCAUCUUAUCAGGCAACAAUCCAGGGGUUUGAGGGCAAAGGCUUUUCUCGAGAUGAGAGUGAAAACUUGCUCAGGAAAAGUGUUGAAAUUGCACGUGAGGCUCGAGAUAUAUACUACAGUAGGUGUUGUGAAUCUGCUUCUGGCUAUACUGGUGAUGGUAGAAUUCUCAAGCAUCGGUCCAUCAUGGUUGCAGCGUCUGUGGGGAGUUACGGGGCUUAUCUAGCUGAUGGUUCUGAAUAUAGUGGUUGCUAUGGAGAUGCAAUGGAUAUGGAGUUCUUGAAGAACUUUCAUCGAAGAAGGGUUAAGGUUCUUGCAGACUCUGGUCCUGAUCUUAUAGCUUUUGAAACAGUACCAAACAAGCUGGAAGCUCAGGCUUUUGUUCAGCUUCUUGAGGAAGAAGACAUUAAUAUACCUGCAUGGUUGUCCUUCAACUCUAAGGAUGGUGUUAACGUGGUUAGCGGCGAUUCUUUGUCUGAGUGUGUUGCCGUUGCUGAAUUGUGCAAGAAAAUUGUUGCUGUAGGAAUUAACUGUACCCCUCCUAGAUUUAUUCGAGACUUGAUUUUGUCCAUCAAGAAGGUGACGGAUAAACCAAUACUUAUUUACCCAAAUAGUGGUGAGAGUUAUGAUGCUGAUCGGAAGGAGUGGGUGCAAAACACCGGGAUUUCAGACCAAGAUUUCGUGUCUUAUGUAAACAAAUGGUGUGAAGUAGGAGCAUCCCUCGUAGGAGGUUGCUGCAGAACAACUCCCAAUACUAUCAGAGCAAUUUACAGGACCCUCCACAGUAGAUCUUCUGCCCUUCCUUGA